UGGAACUGUCUACAAAGGAAAAUUACCUGAUGGAAACCAUGAUGUUGCAGUGAAGAUUUUACUGGAGUCAAAGGGGAAUGGAGAAGAGUUUAUCAAUGAAUUAGCAAGCAUGAGUAGAACAUCUCAUGUCAAUAUUGUUUCUUUACUUGGAUUCUGCUAUGAAGGAAACAAGAGAGCUAUAAUCUAUGAGUUCAUGCCAAAUGGAUCCCUCAGACAAGUUUAUUUCCGAGAAGAUGUCAGCGAAGCUGGAAUGGGAAAAGUUAUAUGACAUUGCAUUAGGUGUCUCUCGCGGCCUAGAGUAUUUGCAUAAUCGUUGUAUAUCAAGGAUUGUGCAUUUCGACAUAAAGCCGCAAAACAUACUCAUGGACAAAGAUCUCUGUCCCAAGAUUUCAGAUUUCGGUCUUGCUAAGCUGUGCAAAAACAAAGAGAGCAUCAUUUCAAUGCUAGACGCGAGAGGGACUGCAGGAUAUAUUGCUCCUGAAGUGUUUUCUAAGAAUUUUGGAGGAGUUUCGCAUAAGUCAGAUGUAUAUAGUUAUGGGAUGGUGGUUCUUGAGAUGAUUGGAGCAACGAAUAUAGAAAACGUUGAACAUUCUGGAUCAAACAAUAGUUCAAUGUACUUUCCCGAUAGGAUCUAUAAGGAUCUCGAUAGGGGAGAAAUCAUGAGGAUUUUUGGAGGUCAGACAACCGAAGAUGAAGAGAAAAUUGCAAAGAAAAUGGUAUUGGUUGGUCUAUGGUGUAUUCAGACCAAUCCAUCUCAUCGUCCAGCAAUGAUGAAAGUCAUUGAAAUGUUAGAGGGGAGUUUAGAGGCUCUCGAGGUUCCACCUAAACCUCUCUUGUGUUUACCCGCAACAGUUGCAGAAACAACUGAAGAUAGUAAUGAGACUUCAAGCUUCGCUAACUCAAGUCAGUUUGAAAGAGGUACUCUCCAAGCUACUGAAGAUACUUUACGAUUUUCCAACAAAGAAGUUCAAAUACCUAUUACAGGAUCAGCUACCGAAUAGAGAAAUCUCUUACGUCCAAUAUUUUUAGAUCUUGAGAUAUUCCUGUCGGCUGUUUUAAUAGAAUUCCUAUUCGAUUGUUCUCACUCUAAUAGUAUGAAAUUAUGUAUUUAAGACCAGUUCAAUUCAAGCUAAUUGUAGAUUUGUCAAACAUUUAUUUAUAUAUGGUUGGUUUGACGUGUUU